CAUAAUCUUGGAGUUUCUUCCGAAUUUCUUCUGUAGUAUCGCGUUUAAAUACAUCCGCGUUGGUCUUUCUUUUAAUUGAAAUGCAUCGUUGUUCGUACUUUUCGUUUUUGAGACUUGCGGUCCGCGAAUAUUCGACUAAAUUCGAUAAGACAAUUUUACAAAUUAGUGAUGAAGUGAAUAGUGCUUUGGCUGAGUCUAAACCGAUUGUUGCUUUAGAGUCUACUAUUAUUACCCACGGAAUGCCCUUUCCGGAUAAUAUUCGGUGUGCUCUGGAAGUGGAAAAUAUAGUUCGAUCACAAGGAGCUGUUCCAGCAACGAUUGCUCUCCUAAAUGGUAAAAUAAAGGUGGGAAUGACUAAAGCAGAAAUAGAAUAUUUAGGUGAUACUCAAACUAGUAAACCUAUAAAAACAUCAAGAAGGGAUUUUCCUUACUUACUAAGUAUGAAAAGGAACGGAGGUACAACAGUCUCUGGAACAAUUAUUGUUAGCAACUUGGUAGGGAUAUCAGUCUUUGCAACAGGCGGUAUCGGAGGUGUUCACAGAGGUGCUGAGAAGAGUUUUGAUAUUUCUGCUGAUUUAACUGAGUUAGGUCGGUCCAAUGUUGCCGUUGUUUCGAGUGGCGUUAAGUCGAUUUUAGAUAUUCCAAAAACGCUGGAAUAUAUGGAAACACAAGGCAUAUUUGUUGCCACACUUGGAACAAAUAGAGACUUUCCGGCUUUCUAUUCCCAAUCAAGCGGAUGUAUUGCUCCAUAUUUCAUUAAUGAUGCAAGAAGUGCCGCUAAAGUUAUAAAGAGUCACCAAGAUAUCGCACUACAGUCAGGUAUACUUUUUGCCGUUCCAGUGCCUAAGGAAUAUGCUAUUGAUUAUGAAGUCAUAGAUAAUGCAAUUGAAAAGGCUUUAGAUAAAGCUAAAGAGAGAGGAAUAGAAGGAAAGAAUAUUACACCGUUUUUGCUUUCCGAGAUAGCAAUGAUAACGUCAGGAAAUUCUCUGACGACCAAUAUCGCUCUAAUAAAGAAUAAUGCUAAAGUAGCUAGUAACAUAGCAGUGGAAUUAGAGAAACUUAAAAGAGAUAACCGAAAUAUUGAGAUGAAAGAAGAUGAUUCUGGAGAGAUAUUACCAGCACAACCUGUGAUUAUAGGAGGAUGUAAUUUAGACUGUGUGGCACAUUUAGAGGCUAGUGAAAUUAAGGAUGGCUCUGCACCCUAAGGACCCUUAAGGACUGUUUGAGCCCAUCAUUUUGCACCAUGCCCUUUCACCGAACCCUUCACCAUUAUUCCUGCUUUUGGCGGUAGUUCCAUUUACACCUCUAGUAUCGCGUUAUGCUGCUGUGAACACACUCGUUCUUGGUACCUGGAACAUCGACUGAGUACUCUUAGUUUUUUGUAGUUUUAUUUUUUGUUAUACUUGCUAUUUGUCAUGAUUGUGCACUAUAAGUUCAAAAAAUAAAUAUGUAUUAAACUGUG